GUAGCUUUAAUUUUGAGGAGAGGUAAAUCUAAACACUAUAAUCAUCUUAAUCUUUGAUACUUUUCGAGUGACUGAGUAAUUACUAAUUUACUAUAAUUUGUCUCUUUUAUGCAUUCUAUUGCACUAUCAGCCUGUUAGUGUCACACAUAACACAUUAGCUUGCCCUGGAUUAGUCAUUUAGUUGCUGUCUUGCUUGAUUUUCUCCACAGCCCACAGCCUCCCCUCUGCCAGGUUUUUCUAAUUUUCUCAAAUCUCAACUGUUAUUUAAAUUUCCUUUGUUAAAUUUUUAUAUUUGAUGCUUUACAUUAAAUUCAGAAUUAUUUGUGAAUUAUAAUUGUUAUUUGACUUAUUUAAGUGAUUAAGUUUUAAUACUUUACAUUAAUUUCAGAAUUUUAAUUAUGGGUAACAAAAAGAUUUCUUCAUAUUUUUCCAAGAAACCUGUACCAAGUAAUGACCAGCCAAAUCUAUUGCCUAGAGACCGUGAUGAAGAAGACAACAUAGCUUCUUCACAAGAGGGUGAACGACCAUCCAAAGUUCCUAGAGUUGAAAUUAAUGCUUUCGAUAUCUCAAGUUUGGAGCGAGAUCCUGGACUUCGGAGAUUAAUUUGGGAUUAUGAUCCUAAUAAACAAGAAGAAGUUCGCCGAGCUUAUAUCAAACUUGGACCAUUUCAGCCAAUUCCCCCAAAAUCUCCUAAUUUUGUUGAUAAGAAUGGGCGGCGAUUUCUUCCAUCUUGGUAUAAGUUAUAUCCAGAUUGGCUUGAGUUUUCACCAAGCAAGAAUGGCGCUUAUUGUUUACCAUGCUUCCUGUUCAAUAAGCCAUUUGGUCGUCAUGGGAACACUUUUACCGUUGAUGGAUUCCGUUCAUGGAAGAAAGUUAAUGAAGGAUCUCAAUGCCCUCUUUUUAAUCAUGUGGGAAAAGAUCCGAACUCUUUGCACAAGAAAGCUAUUGAAUCCUAUCUUGACCUUAAGAACUCUUCCCAGCAUAUUGAAAGGGUCAUUGAGAAACAAACUUCAGAACAAGUUGCAAGAAACCGGUUACAACUCAAAGUAUCAAUUGAUGCUGUCAUGUGGCUCACUUUUCAAGGUUGUGCAUUUAGAGGCCGAGAUGAGACAGUAGACUCAAAAAAUCGAGGCAACUUCCUUGAACUAGUAAGAUUGCUAGCAUCUUACAAUGAAGAAGUGAAAUCAGUUGUGUUAGAGAAUGCUCCAAGAAACGCUUCAUACACUUCUCCAAGUGUUCAAAAAGAGAUUCUAUCUGUUCUGGCAACUAAGAUCCAACAAUAUAUUCGAGAAGAGAUUGGCAAUUCAAAGUUUUGCAUACUAAUUGAUGAAGCUCGUGAUGAGUCCAAGAGAGAGCAAAUGGCGAUUGUAUUGAGAUUCGUUGAUAAAGAAGGCUUCAUCCGUGAAAGAUUCUUUGAUAUAGUUCAUGUUAAAGAGACUACAUCUUUAGCUCUGGAGAAAGAAAUUUCAGAGGUCCUAUCUCGUCAUUGCCUUAGUGUUAAGGAUAUUCGAGGACAAGGAUACGACGGAGCUAGCAACAUGCGUGGUGAAUGGAAUGGUUUGCAAGCCUUAAUUUCACAAAAGUGUCCAUUUGCCUAUUAUGUUCAUUGCCUUGCUCACCGACUCCAGUUAACCUUGGUUGCUACUUCCAAAGAGGUCAUUCCGGUUAAUCAGUUUUUCUCAUAUUUGUCUACCAUUGUUAACUUGGUUCUUUGCUCUUGCAAAAGAAUUGAUCAAUUGAGAGACUUCGAGUCAUUACGUAUUGAGGAAAUGAUUAACACCGGUGACAUUGAAACUGGAAAGGGGAAGAAUCAAGUUGGCACUCUCCAACGUCCAGGAGAUACUCGUUGGGGUUCCCAUUUAACCUCACUUCGUAGUUUACUAAGGAUGUUUAAUUCUACUUGUGAUGUGUUACGAGACAUAAUUAAAUCUGGGAGCUUGACACAAAGGAGUGAAGCUGAUGGAGUGUAUGAUGUGAUGACAUCUUUUGAGUUUGUAUUUAUUUUACAUCUCAUGAUUGAUGUGCUUGCCGUGACAGAUGAUUUAUCUCAAGCUUUGCAGCGCAAAUCUCAAGAUAUACUCAAUGCAAUGCAUUUGGUGUCAUCAACAAAAGAUCUUCUCCAAAAAAUGAGAGAACAUGGAUGGGAUUCCUUACUUGAUAAAGUGAAAUUAUUCUGCCCACAACAUGAAAUAGAGAUCCCAGAUUUCAGUGCUGCAUAUAAAGCUGGGCGAGGUCGACCCCGCCUUCAAAGGAACAACAGAGACUUUCUUACGGUGGAGCAUCACUAUAAAUUUGAUAUAUUUAACUCUGUUGUGGAUAAGCUUAUGCUUGAACUGAAUUAUCGCUUCAAUGAGGAUGUGGUAGAGUUACUUGUCCUUAGUUCUGCUUUGGAUCCGAGAGACGAUUAUAAGUCUUUUCAGAUUGAAGACAUAUGCAAACUUGUGAGCAAAUUUUAUCCUGAUGACUUUUCUGUAAUGGAAAAGGAACACUUGAGGAUUCAGUUGGAGCAUUUCAAAUAUGAUGCUAAAAAAAAUCCGGAGUUGAAGAAAGCAUCAACACUAGCAGAAUUGUGUGAAUUAUUGACGAAGACUCAAAAGUCAAUAAUUUAUCCUCUUCUUGAUAGGGUAAUCCGCCUCUUGCUAACACUUCCGGUUUCUACUGCAACAACAGAAAGGGCAUUUUCAGCCAUGAAAAUUGUGAAGACAUGCCUCCGAAAUAAAAUGGAGGAUGACUUUCUUUCAACGUACUUGGUGACAUAUAUAGAGAGAGACAUAGCUCGGGGGUUUUCAGUGGAUUCUCUU